GUGAUGUAAUAAAUCUGCAAUACAAGAAUUACCAUCCUCCAGAUAUCUCUUUUUUUCAUUAAGUUCUUUUGAGUGCGGCACCGCUAUCUUGUGAGAAUUUUCAGAACUGGAGCAACAUUGCUGUCAGCACCGAGAACUUUGAGCACAUUUACUGCCAUGAUGGAGUGAGUAAUUCUUUUUUUUUUUUUUUUUUUAGUUGUUAUUAACAAAUCUUCUUCUUCCUUAUUUGGGAUAGCAGCACAUACCUUUCUUUUGUUUGCUUUAUUUCAUAUUCGAAAAAAAUGCUUCCUUUAUACAGUGGGCUUUUCCCCCGAGAUUUCAUUUUCAGCUUCUAGUUACUAUUGCCGCUUGCAUGUACGCAAGCCACUCUGGCCACACAUGGCCUGUACACCGUCAAUAAAUUGUAUAGUAAUAAUAAUAACAAUAUAUAUUCUAUUUAAUAAUUUUGCCCAUUUAAAUACAAAAUACUUGAACGUUUAAAUUUCUUUUCAUGAGGUAAGCUGAGAAAGCAUCUAACAACUUGUCCUUACAAGGAAACUGCUUUUUGGUUGGGAAAAAAAAUAUCAGUAUACAUUCCGUGCCAUUUUCCCAUAUCUACAUACUUGGCAAAUAACUUUGGCAUUUUAUGAGAACUUGGCUUCCUUGAUUUCCUUGGCUGAGAGGGAGCGCACACAAGACCCCCCUUACAGGCCCUGGGAAAAUAUAGCAAACAAAAAAAAAAUUAUAUAUAUAUAUAUAUAUAUAUAUAUAUAUAAACACACACAUAUAUAUAUUUAUUAGUCCAGUAAACAAGAUGCCAAAAUACCAGAGUAUUGCAGUAUGCGAUGAUACCUUUUUUAUUGGACUAACAUAAUACUUAAAAGACAAGCUUUAGAGCAGGGGUCCUCAAACUCUGCCCCCCCCCCCCAGAUGUUGCUGAACUACAACUCCCAUGAUUCUCUGGCUAUCUAUCCAAUUCAAAGAAUCAUGGGAGUUGUAGUUCAGCAACAUCUGGAGGGCCACAGUUUGAGGACCCCUGCUUUAGAGAGUUUUAUUCUCUUCCUCAUGUCUGAAUUUGCUUUUUAAAUUCACUUUUUUACUAAUUCCUAAUUUACUAAAUAACUCUACACUAAAUAGAGUGUAAAAUCUUAGUUUGACUAGGGCACCAGAAUUGCAAGAUCUGGCCCAGUCCGUGCAUUGAUGACUCUUCCUGGACGUUAUAGUUAAGAGAGUUGAAAGGUCGUUGUCAAAUGUUGACAGAACGAAAGAAUACAAACUAAGUCACUUUAACGAUAAAUACAAAUUUUGGGACGGAUGGAACAGGAUGACAUAAGUUACUUAACAAGCAGGAAGGGGUGUCAAUCUUGAGAAUUUCCCAUACUUAGGACUUAACCCCUGUCCUAUAUUCUGAAUUCUAAGCAUUGCAUAUUCAGUGAGUAAACAUAUUGCUUAUUAGCCACUGAAUUUCUUUUAUAAAGUGUUCAUUGCAGUAAAAGUUUUACUGUAUAUGGAAAUGAUGUAAUUAUGCCUUUAGGGAGCGUACGCUCCUUCUGUUCUAAAUUUGAAGCAAUUAUGUUUUUAGAACAGGUGUUGCCAGAUAUUAUCAAUGUGAAUUGUUUUUAGAGUUUCACAAUGGAUAGUUAAGAAUUUCCCAAAAAUCAUGUGUGUGUUUUAUGUGUGUUUUUUUUUUUGCUGCCGAAGGUUUUAUAGAAUAUUUAUUUAACUACAAAUUAUUAUUUUGCAGUGUUAUUAACAAGACACAGGGGUGUAUACAAAAUUUUUUACAUUGUAUGCAUGUGAAAAUCCACUAUUCAAAUAUACAGUGCAUACAUUUAACUACAAGAAUACAAUAUUGUGAUUUAAACACUAAAUACAACAUAUUUUUUUGUUGUAAUUUGGCUGCAAUGGAAAAAUAGAUUUCGAGAUCAAUGCUUGAGGAACUUGAAUGAUUAUUCAUCCAAUCUUUGAUGUUCUAUAUCUAUUGGAAGCUACAUAACAAUGUUGUAACAAAAGGAUAUUAAAUAUUAAAGAACAACUAUUCCAUUAUGAUUGGCCAAGGAUAUUCUAGAUGUGAAGUUAAUUAUGAAUUUCAUUUGACCCUUAUGGAAUCUGGGCCAUCACAUUUUGGAAUCGACCCUGUACCAUAUUUUAAAAGGACAUCAAAUUUGGGCAGGACCACUUGAUAUGUAAAUACGCAUUGUAUGAAGCAUUACAGUGGGAUAACACGUCUUGACACAGUUUAAUGUGUUUGUUCUUUAUAACUGAUAGUAAAUGCAUUGGCCAAAUGGGUAAUUACUUAUCCAGUUCUAAUAUUCUUUCUACAUUUGUUUUCUACUUAUGACACAAGAAGAGCUGAGAGGACAAGCAAGAAGAGAGAAAAAAAAGUCAGGGGAAAGUCUAAGGUAAAAUGCCCCCCCUACACUCUCUGUAAAAUGCUGAACUGCAUAUCCUAUCAUAUUCUCCUAUGGAUACAACUAUGGGCUGAUCAAAUGGAGCUGCAUUAAUUACUAAGUUUGGCAAUACCAGCCUUGGGACUUAAAGCUACCCAACUGUCUAAAAGAGUUGAUGAUUCUAGACCCUGGUCCAUCACUAUACUGUGAUAAAGAAAGCUAAUUAUUGAAAUCUCCAAGUCUAUGAGUCAGAAAGUACCACCCUAAAGCACAUCUGUUGAAAUUGUGACACAAUUCAGUGGGAGAAAUCUGAAGCAAUUCAUUAUGUUUAUUGCAUAACUAUGUUUAUUGCAUGACUACAGAUGCCAGCAAAAAGUGAAAAACACAUUUGCAAUUUAGUUCAAUCCUGGUGAUUCCCACUCCCUAGAGGAAGUAGCAAGACAACAAAAGGAAAGAGAAUAAUUUAUAUGCAAAGACUUGCUUUACAGGAGUGUAGGGGGUUUGUUCAACUUGUCCAUAGAUUUAAAUGAGAUAGAUGCAUAGAUACAUUUACUCAUUUAUAGCAUCCACCUGGAGUCCUACUUUCUCAUCUUGGGGUUAUAAACAGUGAAGGAAAUGGAACUCAAGAUGGUUUUAACCAAAAAAUGGCCAAAUCUUGAUUGUAGUCACACAAUCUAUUACAGACCUCCUGAUCUGGAUAAUAGUUAUUUUUACAGCACACACAUUGUGAUUAAUUUGUAAACUUCUAAUUUUGGAGUUCUUGUUUGCUAAUGAAUUUAAAAAAAAAAAUUAUAUUCCUUAAAAUUUCUACUCUAACACGACCCUAUGCUAGAUAUGUGUAGAUUUGUGGAUAUUGUACAUUUAACUAGAUCUUUCUUUUACACGUCUUCUGGUGUAUUUAACUUAAGUCCAGACACUGUACCUAAAUUUAGCUUUUAAUUAAUAGCGUUUACAUUCUCACGGCCCAGGAAUACUAGAACUUUAACAGUUAUUUCGAGAGCAUAAGAGAAAUAUAAAAUAAAUUCUAAGAAUCUUUUUAAAAAAAAACACAAAAAAACCCCACACUGUAAAUAUGCAUGGCAUUACGUCCAGUGAUUUAUUUUUCCAAUGACAGUUAAAUUAGUCUGUAGUUAACUAUUUAUAUAAUGAGCAUAUGCCAAGUUCUCAUAAAAUGCCAAAGUUAUUUGCCAAGUAUGUAGAUAUGGGAAAAUGGCACGGAAUGGAUGUAUACUGAUAUUUUGUUUUCCCCACCAGUUAUUAAUAACGCUUCUUAGACACUAGAUCUUUGGAGAAAAAAAAAGAAAGCAAGAAAAACAGGAACUGCUCAAGACGUUUAACUCCCUUAACGUCCAAAGACACAGAAGACAUAUUGCGAGUCAGUGUUUUGCAGGAAGUUCUACUGUUUGAUAAAGAAUGGGAUCUAUGACAACACAGGAUGCCCUCUGAUGGGCUCCUUUAGUCAUAAGGGAUACACAUUACCUAAAAGAUAGCCUUUCCUGCAUUUAAUUCUGAUGUGCUUUCUGUUCCUUGCAGAGCUACCACGUUUUCAUCUGCCUGGUUUGAAGAGGUCAACUGGUAACAGAAAGAUAAAAAAGCUACUGAGAAGCAUGGUACUCCCUCAACUCAAGCUAAUUUUCCUGGCUGUUCUCCUGCUGUUGCUACUUGGAACCUAUGCAGAUGACCAAAGUAAUUGUGUCAACAACGUCUGCUACACUGUUCAUCUGGGCAAACAAAACUUUCAGAAUGCCAAAGAUAAAUGCAUUUAUAAUGGAGGGGAUCUGGUUACCAUAAAAAGUCAAGAAGAAGCUGAGCAUGUAAAAAACUUACUUUUGCAACUAAACAGCAGUCUAACAGAUACUCCUUUAAAGCUUUGGAUUGGACUCCAGCUGAAUAAGAAUAAGUGCUACGUGCCCCACAAGUUGCUAAAAGGAUUUUCCUGGGUCACAGGAGAUAAGGAAACUGAAGAAAGCCAGUUCUCUAACUGGAUGCAAGAACCUAGGAGUACUUGCACACAAGCCCGGUGUGUCACCAUUCACUUGGACUUCAUGUCAACUGAGAAUUACAAAUGGUUGGAUGGCAAGUGCAUAAAUCCGGUUGAUGGCUACCUCUGCAAAUUCCAGUUUAAAGGUAUGUGCAAACCAGUGGCCCUUGCAGGCCCAGGAAAUGUUGAAUACUUUGCCCCAAUUGAAAUGUCAACUGCAUCUUUGUCUUCACUUCCCCAUGGCUCUAUGGCUACAAUACGUUGUGAGGAUAAUAGUGUAAGUCAGAUAGUCUGCAAAGAACACGAGGAUGGAAAUGGCUUUCAUUGGGAUUCUGAAGGACCUCUGUGUGCUUCACCAAACCUUGGUUGUGAUUACAACAAUGGAGGCUGCGAGCAGGAAUGUAUUAGGGACUCAAUAACAGGGUCUGUUCACUGUGGUUGCCGAGAUGGCUAUGUUCUGGCAUCGGACCUGAUAUCUUGUGUUUUACCCCAAAAUUGCCAGUCCAACCCAUGCCAGCACAGAUGCACAAACAGCUAUCAAGGCUAUGAAUGCACAUGUAUUGAGGGAUAUGAACUUUCAGAAAACAAACUAAAUUGCACAGAUAUAGAUGAAUGUCAGCAGAAGCCUUGUCAACAAGUAUGUACCAACACAUUAGGUAGCUUUGAGUGCAGUUGCAAAACAGGCUACAUACUACAUGACAACAAGUGUGUUGAUCAAGAUGAAUGCAUUAACUCUCCUUGUGAACAUGGCUGUUUAAAUACAGCUGGUUCCUUCUACUGCUCCUGCAAAAAUGGAUAUGAAGUUGGCAAUGAUGGGUUGACUUGUCAUGAUGUAAAUGAGUGUACUAAGUCACCAUGUGCUGAGAUGUGCAGUAACGUCCCUGGGAGCUAUGUCUGCUUUUGUCCAGAUGGAUUCCUGUUAUCAUCCGAUGGCAUCUCUUGCUACCCGGACACAUUAAAUCAAAAUACCAAUACUAAUGGGCAGGUUGGUCAAGAGAUGAAACCUAAAGGCAAUCAAACCAUAACCAGUUUUGAUAACACCGAUCACUCUACCACCAGCCCGAUGUCUCCAGAUUCCUUAAAGGACGCAUCAGUCAUAGAGAACACUAUACAACUGGUAACCUCUCCCAUGACUUCUGAGUUUGAUAGUUCUUCUGGAGAUGAGCUUGUGGAUAAGGUUUCUACUGAUCAAACUCCUGAGCACAGGACAUUGAUACUAAUCAGUACAAUUUGUGCCUGUGGGGUUUUGUUACUGUUGGCUGUGGUUGCAGGCAUUGUGUGCUACAAAAGGAGAAAUUCCGAAAAAGAGGAUGACUAUAAGCCACCCAGUGCAACCGAUAAUUAUUGUUGGGUACCUGAACAAUCUGAAAACAAAGUACCAAACAAUGAAUAUGGUAACGACUUCAGAAGAUAGUACCCCGAAGCCUGUAAGGAUCAUAUUGUUGCUCUUUAUUAAAAACUAAAUUAAAAAGUUAAGCAGAACUGUGAGAAAUAAUGACAUUGUUAUGAUUUUUAUAGUUAAUUGGCGUAUCUUGUGGUUGUAUGUGGUUUUAGAAACAGGUGAAGAAAAGUCAGUAAAAGUAAUAUUUCCUGGAUCAUUUAUACAUAUUUUUUAUUAUGCAUUGAAUGAUGGCUCAUUUUAAUGCAUAUUUAGGAUUCUGGUCGAUAUUAAAUAAUGCAAUACUGUGGCAUUUCUAGGGCAAAGUGCUAAUUGCUCCAUAUUUGUCAAUCUACUAAUUUUAGUACUAAUGAUUUUUAUUAGCCCAUUGUAUGUAUUCAUGAUGUUGAUGUUGAAAAUUACCACAAGAGGGUUUAUUUACAAAAGUGAGAAUUCAAAGUGAAUUCAAAUUAAAGGUCAAUAUAGCCAAUAAUUUCUCUAAGUCAACCUCUGAGGGUUAUUUACUAACAUGAGAAUUGUGAGGGAUUCAAAGUGGAUUUUACAUUUAAGGUUAACGUAGCCAGACUGGAAGCCUAGGGGACUUAGACAAAUUUCCAUUUUGUUUACUUACACUUAAAUAUGAAAUUUAAUUGCAUUCACCUUGAAUCCCCCACAGUUCCCAUUUCAAUAAAUAACCUUACUAGUUUUUAUUUUGCAUUAGUAAAUGGUCUAUUCAGACGACUAUCUGGGAACAUCAAUCACCUCUAUUCAAGCAGGGCUUUCCACUGUGACAUAGUAGCAACAAAAAAAUCACAGAUUAGUAUGCCCAAGUAUCGGAAAAGUCACUAUAGCAAAUUAAAUAGUGAACUGUGGUGAAUUGAGAAACUGACCUGCGAUCUUGAGAUUGAAAUAAAAUCACGAGGAUUUAUUCAAUAAUAAUGAAUUUAUUCAAACUGAAAACUGUAUUGCAAACGUAUUUGUAAAAAAGCCUCUAUAUUAGACAUGUCACACCUUGACCAUUUUAGCCUGAAACAUACAAUUUAAUUUUUAGUUCACUACAAAUCACAGUUUAGUGAACAAAUCCCUAGGAAUCUAAGUCAGAUGCUGAGAGUUCCCAGGUCCGUUGCUGUGCUGUGUACUGAUGGUGAAUACACAUGUAUUGCAUAAAAUGUCAAAUGUGAAUAUAGUCCAUUUCUAAUGAUUUUUUUAGAUCCACUUUUUUUUUUAUUAGCAAAUGAAUGCGUUAGAGUAGAAAAUGUUUUUUCUAUGAACGUUGUUUCUUUUUUGAAGAAAUAAAGAAAAAUUAAUAGAA